AUGUCUGAGGUACAGGGGACAUUAGAGUUUUCAGUAGAGCUCCAUAAAUUCCACAAUGUUGACUUAUUUCAGAGAGGGUAUUACCAUGUUAGAGCUGCAUUAAAAAUAUCAUCCAGGACGCCUCACAAGCUGACAGCCUCACUUGUAGGGCAAACAGAUGACCCUGGAGCAUAUUCCCCGUGUGUCUUUGAUAAUGUUGUAUAUAGUCGUAUAUUCCAGAUCCUGUAUAGGAAUGAAGACCUUGAUAUUAAUGAUGUCAUGAUAUUCAAGGUGCACUUAUUUCUGGAUGGAGAAAGGGUUGAAGACGCCCUCAGUGAAGUUGAUUUUCAGCUAAAGUUGGACCUGCACUUUACAGACAGUGAGCAGCAGCUCAGAGACAUCUCCGCCGUCCCCCUGAUAAGCAGCCGCACUCUAGGUCUUCAUUUCCACCCCAGAAGAGGUUUGCACCACCAUGUCCCUGUCAUGUUCGACUAUUUCCACUUGUCAGUGAUCUCUGUAACUGUGCACGCUUCACUGACAGCCUUACAUCAGCCUCUUACAAGUUUUUUUCGCCCGGUGAAAGGCUCCUGGUUGGCAAAAAGUCCUCAGGAUCCGGGGUUGGAGCAGUCCAGCGUUUCUCUUGAGAAUCUGGUGUUUGGGGCGGCGUACUGUAAGCCAGCGUCUUCUGAGGGAACCUGCCACGUGCCAUCUGAAUCCUGCAUGCAGCACGCCUACAAGUGGCACAAGGACCUCUGCAGUCUCCUGCUGUCGUCUUACACAGGACUUUCUUCAUACUAUGCCUCACUGUUAAAGCAGGUUCCAGACUUAUCUCAAGUAGAAUUAGAGGAGUUAGCACCGGAUAAGACUUUAUCACAGCUCUGUAAUGAUCUGCAGAUGUUGGACAGUCCCGACCUGAUAAUGGAGCAGAUCAGCAAGGAUUUGGCUUGGCUUUGUUCCCAGCUGAUGGUAAUGUGGGCUAAGUUUUUGGAAAUAGUGACACUUCAUCCAGAUGUGACCACCUACCUCACACAAGAACAUCACAGUCUACGGGUCAGACGAUUCUCUGAAGCAUUUUUCUACACUGAACAUGAAAAACCUACCGCUCUCAUAUUCCAGGAAAACCUAAUUCAAAGUCACAGUAACUUAUCAGCAGAGGUCAGGAGUUCUGAGUACUUCACCAGCAUGCCUCCACUACCUGUCGAAUGUUUGGACAUCGACGGAGACUGGAAUUCUCUUCCUAUCAUCUUUGAAGACCGAUAUGUGGAAAACCCCCAAAAAGGUGAAAAACAUUUGGAAGCAACUAAUAAAAGAGCAUAUGAUUCUGAGAAUCUAUUAAAAAAUAUGAGCUCCCAUGUCAUUCAAACUACCACCAUUCAUGAAAAUGCUUCUUUUGAGAAGACAAGUCCAUGUAUCGAUGUUCCAGACAAUGAUGAGAUAGAUCAGACUCCAACGCAAUGCUUUCAAAGAAUGUCUGGAGACCAAGAUGUUAUGUCUGUUACAGACCUGGAUGUUUCAGUCCAAAACAUAGAGCAAGUUUCUACUGAAGACUCAGAUGACAUUAAACACAAUGAUUUACUACCUGGUGAAUUGGAUCGGCAUGUCAAUGUCUCGAGUGAUCAACACGAGUCUUCUCUAAAUGGUCACAAGUCUAUGGUAGAGUUGGAUACUGUUGAUGGCAGCCAAUCUACCGAAAAUAUUGCAAUGCAAGAACUUGAUGGUGACUGCAAAUCCAAUCUAUGUUCAGAUAACAAAAGGUUACAUCAGGGUGUUCACAUACUUUCCAAAAGCAACAGCACUGAAUUAAUCAGCAGAUCCUUGAAAAAUGCUGUUGUAGCAAAGACUUUCCAUGGUAACAAGCAUGAUGAUUUUCCAUUGAUGUCUAGUGCCAUCAAAAGGUCAUCCUCAGUCAUAUCUGAUUCUGGAAUUGAAAGUGAGCCAAGCUCAGUAGCGUGGUGUGAUAGCCGAACCAGAAAAAUGGAUUUAACUUGUGAUAAGCAACUUCUCCACCAUUAUUCCAGGAAGCAUGAGAUGCACAGAAAUUCCUUGGAAGGAGGAAAAACGGAAAGUAACACAAGUUUACCAAGUGGGAUACAGGCCUCUCUGAGCUCCAUUAAUUCUCUACCAUUUGAAGAAGAAGAACAUGAUGUAGAACUUUCCAAAUUAACAAAGUCAGUUUCUGCACCACAAAUCAGUAGCCCAGAGGAGCCAUUGGAUGAUACCUUGUCGAAGAAUCUGGUCGAUGAGGAUAACCAAGAAGAAGUUUUAGCAAAGAACCAUGACAUGGAGAGGACUGAUGUAGUCAGGGCUUUUGAAACUCUUAAUAUACCCGUUGAGUCUUCAUUGGUUGAAAUAGAGGUUGAAGGUCUAAUUUCAAAUUCCAAUAGUAGUUUGGAGAAUUUAUACUCAGAAGCAGACAAACUUGGUUUUGAGGAUGAUAACCUUUAUAGUCCAUCACAGCUGUUCAAUCCAAACAUCCAUGAGAAUGAAUGCUUCUCCGAAUGCCUAAGUAAGGCACCAGGAAUGAUAAACUCAACAAUCUUUUCAAUGGGCACCUUAAUGGAUGGAGAUGCUGCCCAUAUUGAAACCUCCAUCAUGCCUCCAUUCAAAGAAACUAUGAAUGAAUUUCCAUUUUUGCAUGAGGUUGAACUCACAGAAGACUCAAGUAGUGAUCAGCUGCUCGAAUCAGGUUCUGACCAUGAAUUAUGUGACAUGGACCAAAAAAGUAAAGUGAAUAGGAGUGUCUGUCCGUCUGUAUCUGAGUCAAACUCAGGUGGGUCAACAGUCAUUGCAAUGGAUGGAAGACGUGGCAUUGAAAUGGUCAAUCUAUCAGUUUCCUGUACCGCCACUUGUUUGCCUUUUUCUUCUAUACAAAAAGACUCUCCAGUGAUCCCUGGGUUUCCUGCAAAACAAGUAUUAUUCCCUAUAACGAGACAACCUUUGGGAUCUUUCGGGGUUAUCUCUGAUAAUUCUUCAGAUACCGAUGAAGAGAUUAAUGAAAGAAUGCUCAGUUUUCAUCAGGCAAAAGAAAAGUUCAGAAAACACCUGAAGUUUGAAAGUUUCCUGUACAGUGACCUCUCUCUACUGGCUUCCGAGAUACCAUAUUUUCCUCCGGAAGAGGAUCAUCUGGAAGACGGAAUUCACCUCGUGGUCUGUGUACAUGGACUGGACGGUAACAGCGCAGACCUCCGACUAGUAAAAACAUUUCUUGAGUUGGGGUUACCGGGUGGAAAUCUGGAUUUCCUGAUGUCUGAAAAAAAUCAAAAUGACACCUUUGCAGACUUUGAUGCCAUGACUGACAGGCUGAUGGAUGAAAUCAUUCAGCAUAUUCAGCUGUAUAACCUCUCGAUUUCACGGAUAAGUUUUAUAGGACAUUCUUUGGGAAACAUCAUCGUUCGAUCGGUUCUUACCCGGCCACGGUUUCGGUAUUAUCUGAACAAGCUGCAUACGUUCCUCUCUCUGUCUGGACCUCAUCUUGGGACUCUUUACAGUAACAGCACCCUAGUUAGUACAGGUUUGUGGCUAAUGCAGAAAUUAAAAAAGUCUGGUUCCUUGCUGCAGCUGACCUUCAGAGAUAAUACUGAUCUGCGGAAAUCAUUCUUGUAUCAACUUAGCCUAAAACCCGGGCUUCAGUAUUUUAAAAAUGUUGUCUUGGUGGCCUCUCCACAAGACCGCUAUGUUCCAUUCCAUUCUGCCAGGAUUGAGAUGUGUAAAAACGCCAUCAAGGACAAGCACACGGGUCCUAUCUACACUGAAAUGAUCAACAAUCUCCUCCAGCCAGUGAUGGAGUCCAAGGACUGCACUUUAAUUCGGCAUGAUGUGUUUCACGCUCUCCCAAAUACAGCAAAUACCCUCAUUGGGCGAGCCGCUCACAUAGCUGUGUUGGAUUCAGAGCUCUUUCUGGAAAAGUUUUUCCUUGUUACAGGUCUCAGCUACUUCAAAUGA